CGCCUCUCAGCAUGGAUUCCGAACAGCCUUACGACGUGGACCCUAUGGUCAUCGAACCUGACGACUUCGACAACGACAAUGACAACGACUCCACUUAUCCCGGCUCGUAAGUUCAUAGCCGCGACCGCACGGUGUGUUCCGGUGGUUCGCGCUGACUCCGACCUAUCUAGCCUCGGCGAUGCCAGCUACACCACCAGCAUCACGUCCAGUGCCUUGAACUAUACGUAUGAGAACGGUCGCAGAUACCAUUCCUACCACGAGGGCGAAUACUUCCUGGUAUGCUCCGCCGCCCGACCGCCCCUUCCAUGCCAAGUCACCGAACUGAUCUCACAGCCCAACGACGAAGCAGAACAAGACCGUCUUGACCUGAGCCACCACAUAUAUCGCAUGGUCCUCCGCGGGGAGCUGAUGAAAGCCCCCGUCCAGAAUCCAGCGCGCGUGUUGGACAUUGGGACGGGCACGGGGAUUUGGGCCCUGGCCUUUGCCGACGAGCACCCCGAGUCCCUAGUGAUUGGAAACGAUCUGAGUGCCAUCCAACCGUGUUGGACUUCGCCCAACUGCCGAUUCGAGGUCGACGAUUUCGAGGCCCCAUGGUCAUACGAAAUGCCCUUUGAUUACAUCCACGGGCGUGAAUUAGAGGGGUGCAUCCGCGACGUGGGCCGUUUAUUCUCGCAGGCGUACGCCAACCUGAGGCCCAACGGAUGGCUUGAGAUGGCGUCAAUCGAGGUCAACACGUAUUCGGACGACGGCACGCAUCUGGGUGCCAGGAACCUGCUCGAGGGCAUCUCGCUCAUGCACGACUGCUCCCGGCGAAGCGGCAAGAACAUGGCCAGUGUGCUCGGCUGGAAGGAAAUGAUGCACCGGACGGGAUUCGUCAAUGUCCGCGAAGAUAUCUACAAGCUCCCUCAAAGCCCCUGGCCGAGAGACCGCAAAAUGAAAGAACUCGGCCGAUGCCACCAGGAAAACAUGUUCGAGGCUCUGGGGCCAUACUGCUAUGCGCUCUUCACACGGGUCAUGGGCUGGCAACGAGCCGAGAUCGAGGUCUUCGUCGCCGGCAUGAGGCGGGAACUGUGCGACUUGAAUCUGCAUCUAUAUACGAAGGUGCACAUUGUUUACGGGCAGAGGCCGGCGUGAUGUUCUUUCUUCUAUACUUAUCGAACUGCCCCCCCCCCCUUGCUAUCUCCCGCUUAUGUCUGGAUCUCUCGCUAAUGUCUGGUAUCGUCUGUCCGGGAUUGAUGUGGCCUUCAUCGGUUCGAUUGAGAUUAGAUGGAUGGAUGGAUGGAUUUUCUUCGCCUCGUUGAGCGUCGCGACCGUUGUUGAGUAUGAGUAUGAGUAUGGGUAUGCGUACGAGUACAAGUAACUAUUUAGGAAAUAAUGUCCAAUGUAUGCAUGGAUGUCUCGACUCUGAAUGUUUUCUAGGAUGUAGUUGAAUACUGA